GGCCCGAAAUUAGGGGCUACCAGGCCGUGAGGACCGCUAGUCCCACCACUCUCUCCGCCCCGCGGCAGCCGGAAUCGGGCUUCUGCUUCCCAGCCCGCGGCGCCCCCACCACCUCGCUCCCCACCACUCCCCCGGCUUUCCGGGAUCCGAAUUUGGAGGCCCCUUAAAGGGUCCCCGUUGCUCUUCGCCCGGUCCUGCAGAACGGAAGUGGGGAUCCUGGACUUCGGUCGCAGACGGUGGAGAUCGGGAUGGCUUCCGUGCUGAUCCGAGAAGCCAAGGAGGGAGACUGUGGAAAUAUCCUGAGGCUGAUUCGGGAACUCGCUGAGUACGAGAAACUCUCAGACCAGGUGAAGAUCAGUGAAGAAGCCCUGAGCGCAGAUGGCUUUGGAGAGAAUCCUUUCUAUCACUGUUUGGUAGCAGAGAUUCUUCCUGCCCCCGGGGAGCCACAGGGGCCCUGUGUGGUGGGCUAUGGGCUAUACUACUUCAUCUACAGCACAUGGAAGGGACGAAACGUUUAUCUGGAAGACAUCUACGUGAAGCCAGAGUAUCGGGGUCAGGGGAUUGGCUCCAAAAUAAUAAAAAAAGUGGCUGAGGUGGCCCUGGAUAAGGGCUGCUCCCAGUUCCGCCUGGCAGUCCUAGACUGGAACAAGGGGGCUAUGGACUUGUAUAAGGCCCUAGGAGCCCAAGAUCUGACGGAAGCUGAAGGUUGGCAUUGCUUUCGCUUUGAAGGAGAGGCGAUGAGGGAGUUGGCAGGAAAGUGACGCCAUCCCUUGGGGAUCUCUAUUUCAACUUCUUCAUCCCCACGAGCUCAAGCAGUCCUCAGAGACUGUCUCCACUGACCAAGGCCUCCCUGAAGGAAGGGAAGGAGGGUUGGAAGUGAAUAUUCCCAGAUGGAAAGAACGGAGGUGAGGAGCCUUCCCACCUGCUUGUUAAGGGUGAAAAAUAAAUGAGAAUUCCCAUGUG